UUUAUAUUUAAGUUUGUGUUUCCUUAAAGUAAAGGGUAAAGGGUGAAGAAUUAGAGUCCUAAUACACUCGGAAACCACUAAUCUUGUUAGGUUUUGGUUCCUAUGAUUUCUCCUAUACAAAAAACCUUCUUAUUAAUCAAGAAAAUCACAUAUACAAAUUUGCCUCCCUCACCUCCAAAACCCUGCUUAAAAUCUCCCCUCCUUGAUGCUUUUUUUCUGACAAUUCCAUGGAUUCUGAUGAGCAAGAUUUAUACUACGGUAGCGGCGGCGAUGUGGUUUCUGAAGAAGAAGAUGGCUACUACUGCAACGACGGCGAUGCGGCGGGAGACGACGAGCCUGACCGCACCACCUUCACACAGGAGACUACUUACACAAUCCUACGAGAGGAAGACGUGAAGAAACGUGCAGAGAAUGAUAUCGCACAAGUCUCCACCCUUCUCUCCGUCUCCAGGGGCCUGGCCUGCCAUCUCUUGUGCCGGAACAAUUGGUGCCUGAACGCCGUAUACGAUCAGUGGUUCGCCGACGCAGAGCGAUCCGACGAAUUACCGCCGCAUCAAGAAUCAGGGGAACAACUCUGCGGCAUUUGCUUCGAGCCCUUUGAGAUUGAAGACAUGGUUUCUGCUUCAUGUGUGCAUUCUUUUUGCGCGGGUUGUUGGAAGACUUACAUCUCUUUCUCGAUCAAUGACGGCCCGGGAUGCCUGAGACUGCAAUGCCCGGAGCCCAAGUGCAGAGCUGUUGCAGGAGUAGACAUGGUCGAGUCGAUGGCGUCGGUAGAUGAGAAACAGAAAUACUAUGGAUAUCUUUACCGGUCGUACGUCGAGUGUAACAGGAAUCGGAAAUGGUGUCCGGCUUCUGGAUGUGAAUUCGCUGUUGAAUUCAAGGAUGCCGGCGGGUGUGAAAGCUACGACGUGACUUGUGAUUGUUAUUAUAAGUUCUGCUGGAACUGCAUAGAGGAGAGCCACCGUCCCGUCGACUGCAAAACCGUGGAAAAGUGGAUCAAGAAGAACAGUUCGGAGGCGGAGAACACUAAUUGGAUAUUGGCGUACACCAAGCCCUGUCCCAAGUGUCAUCGGGCGAUCGAGAAAAACCAGGGCUGCAACCACAUGACCUGUCGGAGUCCCUGUAAGCAUCAAUUUUGCUGGGUAUGCUUGGGACCCUGGGAGAAGCACACAUCUAAUUCCACAUGCAACACGUACAGGAAUCAGAGUUCUAACAUAAAUGAGGAGAGUAGAGAGAGAGUCAAGCACUUCUUGGCAAGAUACACACAUUACUAUGAAAGAUGGGACUCCAAUGACAAAUCCAAGAAGAGGGCUCUAACUGAUCUAAAUCAAGCCAGAAACCAGCACAUCGACACGCUCGCUCAAACGCAGGGAGAAAACAUGGCUGGAGUCCAAUUCGUGAUCGACGCCUGGACCCAGAUCGUUGAGUGCAGGCGUGUACUGAAAUGGUCAUACGCGUAUGGAUACUAUCACACGUCGAAGGAGAAACCAGGGAAGCUGGAUUUCUUCGGGUACUUGCAAGGGGAGGCAGAGGCUGCCCUGGAGAGACUUCACUAUUGUGCAGAGAAGGAGAUGAGUAAAUAUCUCAUAGCAGAUCGGCCAUUGGAGGAUUUCAAGGAUUUUAAAUCCAAGCUUUUGCAGUUGACUGCUGUCACAGGAAACUACUUCCAGAAUUUGGUGUUAGCAUUGGAGAAUGAUCUUUCUGAAGUUGAUGAUGAGACUUCUGGUACCAAGAACUAGCACAAGAAUCCUUGUGUGUAUAUAUAUAGCAUUAAUAUCAGUUUCUAUAAACAUCUUCAGUUCUUGAAUUCUGGAUUCUUGUUUAGUUUUUUAGUUUUUCUGUAAUGCUAUAUACUCAUCUUUCAUUUAAAGUAAUUAAUGGGAAUUUUGAUUGUAUUUUGAUUAA